GUCCCACACAUGGCUGACUUUUGGCCUGUGGAAGAUCCUUUCUCUUUCCCUUCGGUCCGCUUUGAGCUUCAUCUUCUGCUGCUGGCUGCUGGCGGUAAGCUUGGCCAUCGCGCUUUGCAUGUUGGACGUCCUCCCAAUGCCAAGCAUUCGGGUUGCUGACGGUCCCGGCGGUUAUGAGGCUGAGUGCGCCACUGGACCUUGGGUGCUUUUGGCCGGGUUCAUGGGAUGCUUCCUGGGCUUGCUGUUCUCGCCCUUCGCUUGCGGCAAGCGGGAGAUGUGCUUCAUUGACAAGUGCAGCAUCCACCAAGAAGAUCACGAGUUGAAGGAGCGCGGGAUCUACGGCAUUGGAGGCUUCCUGCAGCGCUCUCGGGAGCUGAGAGUCCUCUGGAGUUCGCCCUACCUGUCGAGGCUCUGGUGUGUUUUCGAGCUAGCAGCAUACCGCAAGGCGAAUCCGACCGGCAAGAUUACGUUUGUUCCGCUGUACAUAGAGUCGGUGACCUGCGCUUACCUCUUCUUCGGGUACAUACUGGCCUUUGUCUUUCACACCAUCUCUGCCCUACUGGAGCGGCGGCCGAGUGUGGUUGAGGCGCUGGCUGCGUUUGCCCCUGGCAUUGCUCUCUUUCAUGCUCUCCGCAAGCUCAGCAUGGCUAGGGUGAAGUUAUUCUCGGACAUGGAGCACUUCGACAUGGACGAUGUCAAAUGCUCGGAAGAGUUUGAUCGGGAGUUUGUGCUCACUGCCAUCAACGACUGGUACGGCAGCAGUGAGGCUUUCGUGGCAUACGUGCGAGGCCCGCUGCGUACGGAAAUGUCCAAGAUGGUCUUGAAAGCCAGCACGCCGUGGAGCUAUUGCUUGCUGAUAACGACUUCAAGUGUCUGCCAGGCCAUGACAGCCUUGCUGUCACUUUGGAAGUGUGGUACACCGGCGGAUGUUUGUCUGAGCUACAUGCUAGCGCACGUGGUGGCUCAAGGCCUCGUCUAUUACAUGCUGACCAUGAAGCUGACUUUGCAUCUUUGCGACCGGUUUGCGGCCCCCUGGCGGGCUGGGCUUUGCAAUGUCAUGCAGAGCUGCCUGAUUUUCAUCUGCUGGCUUGUGGCAUUCACUGCUGGGGAUGUGGUUGCGAGGAUUGCAUACAAAGCUGGGCCCAUGCCCUCCGCGGUGCUUCUGGGGGUUACAGUGUGUGCUCUCUGGCUGCCCGCUUGGCUGAAGCUUCCUUGA